UGAAAAGCCAAGAUCAACAAACAUGGCCGUCGCCGAUCUCAAAAUGGAGAGCGCCAAAACGGUCGACGUUCACCUGUUUUCCUGCGACAUCAAGCACCGCGGAAAGGCCAAGGCGUCGACGUACUUCCUGCCCCACGUCGAACCGCUUGACGGACAGCCGGGCAUCUUCAAGUCGCACCUUCGGGGACGACCGCUGAAAGGCCGCCACCUGACGCUUCCCGAGGGCUACAGCGGCAUCGUAGCUCGGAGCGCGGCGACGGACGCCGACUGCGAAUGCAGCACGAAGAAACUCUACGUGAGCGGCCGUUUCGACAAGAUAACCGCCUGGAACUGGAGCAUUCCGCUCUACGAAGACAGGUGCCGGCAGAUUAACGACUGGAUCGUCGUCAACCAAGCGCUACACGAGUGCUGAAGACUGAAUGAACGAACGAGGCGCCAAAUUCGCGCGAGCAAGGGGGGCUUACUGCACGUUGAGGUCGCGGCGGCUUUUGUGAAAGAAGCGGUUGUUGUUCGUGGAGAAUCGUGUUUAAAACUGUGCCUACGCUGUUUUCUUUGGGGGCGAUGUUGAUCGCUGUUCGGCAGUUUUUUGACUGUUCGACAUCGUGCAGCUGUUUGUUCGUGAAUGCUGAGUCCAACUAACGGUGUGGUCUCUGCCCGAGCCAUGCGAACCGUCAAUUUAUGGCCGUAUGAUGCGCUGCAGUAGCCGUAAUAAAGUCUACCUUGCGAAGCAGUUUCCA